CCUUAUGGCCAGGAUGAGCGAAGCCAGAAAAUGGCGGAUUUUGAGGAGUUACGGGUAGGCGAAAGUGCAAUGAUAGCUGGCUACUUUGCGUUUUUCAUAUUCUGAAGAUAUUUUGCAGUUACCGUUUUGAUACGCUAUCGAAUCGGUCGGUUUGCUGCCCAUAGGUUAGUUUCUUUAAUAGAGAGACGUCACAUCAGUCUGUUACGGAUUGUGUUUAGCUGCUAGCUUGUUAGCCACCAACCAGCUAACGUACUAUCUUAGCUCUCGAGAUGCUACACAAAAAUUGAAGAACAGCCUCAAAAUGUCACUGCUUUCAUUGCCAUCUUUCACUGCAUGAACACGCUUUAUUAUAAUGCCUAACUGAACUUGACGACUGUUCGCUGCAGAUGCAUUUCGGUCAUUUGUUAAGGAUUUUUAAAGAAAAAAGGAUUAACACAUAAGAACAAUCAAGCAUGGACCGGGUAAUGAAGGAAUAUGGUAUCAAGUUUCCGUGUCUCAGAGCUCCAGGUACUGUUAGGUUUUGCUGGAAGGAAUAAGAGCGGUCGCAAGCAUGAACUAUUGCUGAGGGCUUUGCAUCUACUAAGGAGUGGUUGUGGACCUGCCGUGCAGAUCAAAAUAAAGGAACUGUAUUGUCGGAGAUACCCAAGGACUUUUGAUGGUCUGCAAGAUUUGGCGGCUCUAAAGUCAAGCAUUAAAUCCUACUUUCACAUAGACAGUGGCGCCACAAUUGUGAGCUCAGACCUUCCCCCGCAAACCGGCCAUUCGGACCUCCUGCAGCAGCAGCAGAUGAGCUGUGAUUCACCUGUUUUACAUGAAUUAAAGCCCAUAAUGAAUAUGCAGCAGCCCACGUCGCUUAUGGCUCCUGUCCACCCGGACGUGCAGAUGAAGGCCCUACCGUUUUACGAUGUGCUGGAUGUCUUGAUCAAACCAUCAAGUUUAGGGACCCAUGCCGUUCAGAGGUUUCAUCAUGAGAAGUACUUCAUAUUUGCAUUGACUCCACAACAAGUGAGAGAAGUUUGCAUUUCUCGGGACUUUCUUCCAGGUGGAAGAAGGGACUACAUGGUUCAAAUUCAGCUGCGGUUUUGUCUAGCAGAGACCAGUUGUCCACAAGAGGACAAUUAUCCAAACAGCCUGUGCAUCAAAGUCAAUGGAAAGCUCUUCCCCCUCCCUGGAUAUGCACCACCUCCUAAGAAUGGUGUAGAGCAGAAAAGACCGGGCAGACCGCUGAACAUCACAUCGCUGGUCAGGUUGUCAUCUGCUGUACCCAAUCAGAUAGUAGUCACAUGGGCACCUGAAAUAGGAAAGACAUACUCCAUGUCUGUUUAUUUGGUGCGGCAGCUGACCUCCCCACUGUUACUACAGAGAUUAAGAAUGAAGGGGAUCAGAAACCCUGACCACUCCAGAGCAUUAAUUAAAGAAAAACUCACUGCAGACCCUGACAGUGAAAUUGCCACAACUAGUUUACGAGUCUCACUCAUGUGCCCACUUGGCAAGAUGCGCCUUACGGUACCCUGUCGAGCUGUCACCUGUUCCCACCUGCAGUGCUUUGAUGCUGCUCUAUACCUGCAAAUGAAUGAGAAGAAGCCCACCUGGAUCUGUCCCGUUUGUGACAAAAAAGCCACAUAUGAGAGUCUGAUUAUAGAUGGGCUCUUCAUGGAAAUACUCAAUGACUGCACAGAUGUUGAUGAAAUCAAGUUUCAGGAGGAUGGGACUUGGUGUCCAAUGAGACCAAAGAAGGAGACAUUAAAAGUGUCAUCUCCGUGUAUCCCAAAAAUUGAUUGUGCUGUCACAGUGAGACAAAGUGCAGUGGUGCCACCUCCAGAAAACAGCAGUACAAAAAAGGCAGACGUAAUUGACCUUACGCUAGAAAGCUCGUCUGAUGAUGAGGAUGAUGAUGAUGAUGAGGACAGCGAUCCUCCUCUGAAAAAGCGCUGUGUUUACAUGUCAAAGGCAGAGGAUAUGCACAGCAAAGGGGUCUUGACUUAUCAGCCUUCAACUGUCCGGGUGCCAAAUGUCCAGGCUCUGGACACCUCAUACCUGACCUCCUCAAUAGCAGACUAUUCGGUUCCAUUCCACCAUUCAACCUUAUCCACUAUUCCCACAGAUAUGCAAAGUCUUGAUUUAUUUUCUCUGAUUCAAGGGGAUCCCCAGCAACAUUACAGAGGCCCCAUAUUUUUAGACAAUCUCUCCAGCAGCCUUCAGAGUGCCACCACCAGCGCCAGCCUGGUCUCCUCUUCUUCGCAGUACGAGACUGCAACCCAUGGCAGCAGCUCAAGUCAUGAGACGGGUGUGAUCACGGGAGGAUCUUCAAGCCUAUCAGACAUUAUCUCUCUAGACUGACUCCCAGUGCAUCUUUAUUGGCCAGUCACCAAAACAACUACACUCAAGUCAGUAAAAACUAUUUUGACAUUUGACUAAGGACCUCAAGAAUCUUGUUCGACAAGGACCCAGAAGGACUGCUAUGAAAGUGGGUCAACAACAAUACCGUUUUAAAAUGCAAACCUGAAUUAAGCCGUUUUCCCUGGAAUUGGGGAAACUAUUGGUUGCACAAUGACUCUUUCAUUAGCUAUUUAAUUGAAGGAGCAGAGCAAAACAAACUGCGUAAAUGAGUGGACUGGAAAGCUCAGACACUUCCAAUAACUGCACUCUUGUCUCCAUUUUGUGUUGCUUCAGCAGUUCUGCAGUUGAAACGAAAGCAGGUUUUCAGCGGCAGCUCACUUUUUAUGUCUCUUCUAUUUCAGCAGUGUAAUUAUGUUUUGUUACAAGAUUUCAGUUGCAGCAAUAAAAAAACGGUUUGUUCGUUGUAUAUUUCGACAUUUAGUGGUCUUAUAUCAAGGUAGAAUGAGUCAACAGGGUUUAUUAAAAAUUAUUAUUUAAAUUUGUGGUUAUUUGCUCAAGGGCCAUCAGAUUCCCUGUUGCUGAUGCAGUGUAAACCUAUUUUUGAUCUGUAAUUUUAUAUUGAAGUAUUUUUUCUUAUGUUAACACAUCUAACAUAUUCACCUCAGAAACUAUAAUAUGAUUGUUGAUAACUAAGGGAGUAAUUUGUCUAAUUGCAUGGUUCUUGGUCAUUAUAAUACCAGCAACUGCAUGAAAUGAAAAAGAGGCCAUUCAUUGUUCUCAAGAUUAUGGAUCAAAGUUUUGAUAUAAUACAAUAACAAUCAUGAAAUACAAAAAUUGGUCUUUUAGAAAUUGGCAUUUAUAAAGCUUACUUAAUGGAUGAGCAGUUUUCAGUCAUUUUAUAUGGGCUGACUUAUGAUUAUGAGACAUACAACAUGCAUUCAUUUUGACAAAGUCUGAAGGUGUUUUUUGUUUGUUUUUGUUUUAUAGAAGGUCCUCUGUGUUACUUGUGUACUAUUUUGAUUCGAAAAUGCCUUUAUAUUUUGAUGUAAAAAACAAACAAACAAACAAAAAAACAGUGAUGCGUUGUAAAUGUUGAUGGAGUGCUUUUAUUGUCCCUCUCGAUCAGGGCUGAGGUUUUUAAUCGACAUAGCUCUCCAUUGAUGAUGGCAAAAGUAAAGCUGUUGAGAAUCUUUAAUUCUUAGCACAAAGGGGGGUACAGUUUAAGAUGAUACAUAUACAUCCUAAGACAUGUAAUUCAAUACACAGUGAUUAAAGCAAUAUUUCA